AUGCCCAAGUGUGCUGUCUGCCAGGCUGAGAGCACCCAGCGCCGUCCUACACUCGCAAACACCUACUACUGCGGCGCCGAGCAUCAAAAGCAGCACUGGCCGACCCACAAGCCCUCGUGCAAAGCGCCCGCCGCAACUGCGACUCCGUCGGGUGCCAAACCGACGGCUGGUCGGGCAGAACCGCGUGGCAAAGACGAGCGAGGAGGCUUCAAGAUGAACGUCCAUCCUGUCUCGGGUUCGCCGGCAGACUUGAUGAGCCAACUCGAACCGUUUGCGGUAAACAUUCCGAAGCAGCAAGUCUACGAACGCCUUAUUGACGCUUACCGGCUGUGGAUCGACGACUGCUACGUCUGGCGGGGUGAGAACAUUGGCUUGUACGCGCAGGAGGACCCGUAUCCCGAGUUCGUCAAGUUCGUCAAGAAGGCGCGGAAACACCUGCCGUCGUGGUUCAAGGACGAGGACGAGAAGGCGGUCCUUGCGAUGUGUCGCUCACACGAAUGGGCAGACAUCAACUUUGCCGUCGAAAAGCAGGACAUCAACGAGCACUACGGCAGCACAAUGAUGGCGAUGGGACUGCGGAUGUGGACGGAGAAGGUGACGGGCAAGAAGUUGACGUGA